AUGGCGAGCGAGCUGAUCAACCGGCGACACGAGGCGGAUCAAGCCGGCGCCGAUGCGUACUACCCGAGACCUCCCAAACGGUGGCUCUCCGCGUCCCGUCCGAUGCGUUACAUGCUCCGCGAACAGAGACUCAUCUUCGUCCUCGUCGGAAUCGCAAUCGCGACGUUAGCGUUCACGAUCUUCCCCCGCUCCACCCGAUCCAUCUCUUAUUCCGAUCCGUUCGCCGGCUACGGAAUCAAACCCGAGGAGUCGCACGUUCCGGCCCAGAGGAGGCCCAGCGUCGAGUACGUGAGCCGGAUCGGGUCAACGGGGGGGAAAAUCCCGCUGGGAUUGAAACGCAAGGGGCUGAGAGUGGUCGUGACGGGCGGCGCGGGGUUCGUGGGGUCGCAUCUGGUGGAUCGGCUGAUGGAGAGGGGAGACACGGUGAUCGUGGUGGAUAACUUCUUCACGGGGAGUAAAGAGAACGUGAUGCAUCAUUUCGGGAACCCUAACUUCGAGCUCAUACGCCACGACGUCGUCGAGCCCAUUCUUCUUGAGGUGGAUCAGAUCUAUCACUUGGCCUGCCCUGCCUCCCCUGUUCACUACAAGUUCAAUCCCGUCAAGACUAUCAAGACGAAUGUGGUUGGGACGUUGAACAUGCUUGGUUUGGCCAAGAGAGUGGGUGCUAGGUUUCUACUGACGAGUACUAGUGAGGUUUACGGUGAUCCUCUUCAGCAUCCUCAGGUCGAGACUUACUGGGGCAACGUUAAUCCCAUCGGUGUUCGUAGUUGCUACGACGAAGGAAAGCGUACGGCAGAGACUUUGGCCAUGGACUAUCACCGUGGAGCCAAUGUUGAGGUCAGGAUUGCUAGGAUCUUCAACACAUAUGGUCCAAGAAUGUGUAUAGAUGAUGGGCGUGUUGUCAGCAACUUUGUUGCACAGGCACUAAGGAAAGAACCGAUGACUGUUUAUGGUGAUGGGAAGCAGACAAGAAGUUUCCAGUUUGUUUCUGAUCUGGUUGAAGGUCUGAUGAGAUUGAUGGAAGGAGAACAUGUAGGGCCAUUUAACCUGGGUAACCCUGGUGAAUUCACCAUGCUCGAGCUUGCUAAGGUGGUGCAAGAGACGAUAGAUCCAAACGCAAACAUAGAGUUCAGACCAAACACAGAAGAUGACCCUCACAAGAGAAAGCCUGACAUCACAAAGGCCAAAGAGCUUUUAGGAUGGGAACCAAAGGUGUCUCUUCGUCAGGGACUCCCUCUCAUGGUGAAAGACUUCCGUCAACGUAUCUUUGGUGACCAGAAGGAAGGCUCCUCCGCGACUGCAACAACCACCAAAACAACCUCAGCUUGAGCAAACGCAGAUGCUAGUAGCUGCCAUAGUGGUUUAUAACCAGAAAUCAUAAGCCACUGCUUGCAGCCACAAUGUGGAGAGAAAGAGAGCUUCGUUUCAUAAGAUUCAUUUUGUUUUUGAUUUUUCUAUUUUGAUAUUAUAUUCGUGUAACGUAGAGUAAGAGUGGUGCGUUUACUAUAUUCAUGGGACCUCACUACAGUUUAAGGAAAGCUUUUGCCUUUUGCAAUUAGUAAGUUUUGUGG